GCCCCCUUAACAACAAUAUAAUUAUCUUCAAGUCUUUUCAACGCAUUUCUCACCUUAAUUUUCUGAGUUUUCCACAGCUUUUUUCAUGCAACAUGGCUCCAAUUUUCAACAUGUUAAUAACAUUGUUGCUAUUAGCAGCAACGGUAGCUUCUGAAGCCACCACAUCCAGCAACAUAAACGAACUUGCUAUUGCUCAAACAUUCAAGAACUGGAAGGAAAUGUACGGGCAUGAGUACAAGGAUGACGUGGAACAAGCACGCCGGUUCGAAAUAUUCAAGGACAACCUAGAGUUCAUCCAGUCUUUUAAUAAGGAAGGGAAUCAUAGCUACGUAAUGGGGCUCAAUGAUUUUUCAGAUUUGACGUUUGAGGAAUUCAUAUCACGUUAUGGAGGAUACAAACCAUCAGCCAAGGAAAGAAUCGAGGAGUCCGUGACAACUACGACGUCUUUUGGAGAUGAUGAAAAUGUUGAUUCAUGCAUUCCUUCCAGGAUCGAUUGGAGGGAGUUAGGUGCCGUUACACACAUUAAAAAUCAAGGCGGAUGCGGAAGUUGCUGGGCAUUUUCUGCAGUUGGGGCAUUGGAAGGCAUUCACCAGAUCAAAACGGGCGAACUCGUCACCCUUUCCGAGCAAGAGCUCGUCGACUGUGAUUUCCGAAGCGGUGGCUGCAGGGGAGGCCUAAUGACAUUAGCCUUUCAAUACCUCGUCGAAAGAAAGGGCAUCACUAGCGCCGAAAAUUACCCUUAUGUCGGUUAUAAAGAAGACGGGUCUUGCUAUAUCCCCUUGACCAGAAACAUUACUGCCACCAUUAAAGCCUACAAAGAAGUGCCACCGAAUAAGGAGUCGGCACUCAUGAAAGCCGUCGUUAGACAGCCGGUCUCUGUCGCGAUCGCGGCUAAUCAAUACUUCAUGCAUUAUAAAAGCGGAAUUUUCGAUGGACCGUGCGAAACAAAUCUAAAUCACGGCAUCGUUACGAUUGGUUACAACGAAGAUGAUAAGGGCAACAAGUAUUGGAUUGUGAAGAAUUCGUGGGGAGUGAGCUGGGGCGAAAAGGGGUUUGGCCGGAUGAUGAGAGAUAUUGAUGAUCAAGAACAAGGCCUUUGCGGUAUCGCAAUGAAGGCUUCCUAUCCCAUUGUGUAAGACAAAUAGCUUUAUAAAGUUUAAACUUACAGUAUUAAAUAAGUGAAAUGAGCACAAUACAAAUAGGGUAAUGGAAUAUUUUGUCGUCAGUACGAGACCAAAAUGUUCGAGAUGAAGAGCAUUCUUUUUUAUGAAUGUAUGAAUUAAUAGCUAAGAAUCAAACACCAUACUUCGAUGUAUUUGUAUUUUAAUUAAAAAAAAAACCAUAUAUGAUCGUCUCAAUUUAGGAUAAGUAACUUAAAUUAUCUCAAGUUUUACAUUAACGUUUGUAAAUCUCAAAAUUUC